GGCCGGGGUGGAGGCGGUGCUGGGAUAGGGGCGGCGGGCAGCCCAGCCUCAGUUCCGCAGUUGCUUGGGCAUGAGUGGUUCGCGGCUACGAACGCUGCAAGGACACCUGUGCUCCCCGGAGGGCCGAGCCAUGGAACACACUACAAGCCUACUGACCACACAUGUGCUGGACACCGCCUCAGGACUCCCGGCCCAAGGCCUGUGCCUGCAACUCUCCAGGCUCGAGGACCAUGGCCGGCUGUGGACAGAGCUGCGGAAAAGCUUUCUGAACUCUCCCAGCUACACAGACACAGAUGGGCGCUGCCCUGGGCUACUGCCCCCAGGCCAGAUGAAGGUGGGCACCUAUAAACUGUUCUUCGACACUGAGAGCUACUGGAGGAAGAGAGGCCAGGAGAGCUUCUACCCCUAUGUGGAGGUGAGGCCUCAUCCCCCCAUAUUCCCUGCCAAGCUCACCUGCUUUGAAGUCCCAGAAGAAAGGUCUUUGGGCCCCUUUAAACACACCCAAUCUAUCCCUGCCUUGUGUGACUCAGCCCCUUGUGGAUACUGGAGCCUUCCAAGCCAGCCUAGCUACCUCCCACUCACCUGGCCUGCAGGGGCCUCACAAGACUCGGUCUAUCCUCUAGUCUUCGGACUUCUGGCGAUGAGUUCCAUGGGAGGGUGAGAGGCAGCCACUCACAGCCAUGUGUGGAUCCCACCCCCUCCUUUGGUCCUUUCUCUCC